AUGAUUAAAGAAGCUAAACAAUUUGCUAUAGAAGAUAGGAUUCAAAAAGAGAGAAUUGAUGCAAAAAAUGAACUUGAUAAUUAUAUUUAUUUCAUCAAGGGUCUGUUAGGAAAGAAAUUCAGUCAUAACGAUGAGAAAAUCAUCAAAGAUGCAAUCAAGAAAACUCGUGAUUGGGUUGAUUAUUUUUCAAAUUCAGCUACUAAAGAAGAUUUCGAUAAAAAAUCAAAUGAAUUGAAGGCCGUUCUGCAUUCAAUUACUACGAAAAUUAAUAUUGUAAUAUUUCUUUUAAUCACAAAUUUAAAAGGCAAAAGAAAAGCAGAAGAUUCAAACAAGGAAUUUACUGAUAAAAAAGUGAAACAAAUAGUUGUGCCUACCACUCCUGAAUCCAUAGCAGAGUUUCUAGAAGGACAAGAAGGUGUCAAAGAUGAUUUCACAAAGCCACAUCAACUAUGUGAAAAUGAAUUUAACUUUCAAAGAAAAGGUAGAGAUGAAACGCUACAUGGAAUAUAUGAUUACAUUGUUGAGCGUUAUUUUAGAAUUAAGAAAGCCUCGGAUAAAGGGAAAAGUGUUGGUGGUAAAACUUAUCACCAUGCUCUCACAAUUCAAGCCACACCAGGAGGAGGAAAAUCUUUCUUGCUUGAUGAAUUGGCAGCCUUGAAAAAUGAAGAUUUUGAUAAUUAUUUGAGAAGCAAGAAUCAUCAACACCCUUUUAUUAUAGAAGAUGAAGAGGACUGUUGUUACAAUGAGGCAGUUAAUAAUGUCAUAAAUAUGCUUCAUAAUUCGGUUGCAGUUUGCAUAACAUACAAUGGACAUUCAGCGUACAAUUUUGAUGAAUUUGUAGAUGAUAAUAUUGAAAGAGGACUAGUAAUGCGUAUCUUAUGGAGUUAUUUUUUUGAUGAUGGAAAACUAAGCUGGCAGAAUUUUUGUGAGAAAUUUAAAACAAAUUUUGAAUCAUUGAACAUUCGUACUGUUGUUCAAAGCAUCUUAUAUCAUUCAAAGAAACGAGUACUUCUAUGCAUUGAUGAGAUUAUGAAAAUUUUGUCAGGCACUGACACAAAUCAAAAACAAGCUAAAGUUAAUAAAUUCUUAAAUCAUCUCUAUAAUCCCUACCAAGAGUUUGCAAAAGAUAAAGAAGAGUUGAUCAAAUUUAAUUUUAUCCUGACUACACUUGAUGCGGUUUAUGUGCAAAGUAAUAUGACUGACUCAGGUAGACAAAUCGAAUGGAUACCAUUAAGAAGACUGGAGAUUUCAGAAUUGGCAGAAUUAUUUAAUGAAGUUAUAAGGAGUUUAAACUUAGAAGAACAUAGGUUGUUUGUCAUUAAAAAAUGCAUUUCUGAUUGUAACGGACAUCCGAGGACCCUAGAAAAAUUCUAUCAAGUUUUUUGUAGCAACAAAGAAGCUCAGAUAAUUCACAAUUACAGUUCUCUUAUUGCAAUCUUGACAAACCAUAUUAGAGAUUGGUAUAAGAAUAUAUCCUUUCCUGUAGUUAAAAUGGCUUUACUAGGAGAAUCAGUAAGAUUGAGCCAUGUUAUAAAUACUAAUGGUGAACAAUUAAGCAUUUCAGCCCUUGUUUCUUCUGGAGAUUACAUUAAUUCACUUACUGAAAAAAGUGAAGCUCAGUUUGUUAUUCCCACCUUAUCACCAGUUAGCCUACAAUAUUUUUGUUUAAACAAUGAAGAUGAUGGUGAUGCAAAAAUUGCCACUAAAAUAAUACAAAGGCUACUUACAACAGAAUCUUCUUUUGAUGACGAAGUGAUGGAUGGAAGGCCCUUUGAAAGAUUCCAUGCAAACUGGGAAUUACUAUACCGUGUGCUUCGUGAAAAUGGAAAGAAGAUAAGUCUUCAUGAGAUUUAUGGUUUAUCUGACAGAGACAAAGAAGAAAUUGAGAUACAGUUACAAAGGAAGAGAAUUGCAUACUGUCAUGAAGAAAUAGAAUUUCCUCCAAAUGAUACAAUAUACAAUUCAUCCUGA